AUGCUUAUCUGUCAUCUUUUGCGACUUUUAACUUGUUUCAGAGUUCGUGCUGUUUGGGACGCCUUCAUCAGUCUGACAGAAAGGAAGCAGAUUGAAAUCCUCGGCUCUCUGCCUUACCAGAGGUCCGACUGUUUAUUCGAUAGUGAGGAGGAAGAGGAGCUCGAGUCGAUUGACGGCUCGCGACCUCGACAGUUUGAUAAAAACGCCCACAAUGCUGCUGCUGCUUCGGGUCGUCAAAGAAGCCGCCGACAGAAGGGUCGGCCGCGUCAGCAGCACCGUAGGAAACCGCUCGUUCGCCUGGAAGACUCACUGCCUGACGCAGAGCCCUUUGGUAUGUACCUCCUACCUUCUGCUAGUUUCUUUCCAUUCCAUGCUACCUUGUAA